AUGGCCGGCGUACCCACGGAAGGUGCUUCGGAAAUUCAUAUCGGGUUUGUCAACGUUUGGUAUCGAUUUACAAUCUAUGUGGACGCAUGGAAAUCGACUAUCGCUUGGUGCACAAAGGGCCUUGAACGGAAUGAUCUCAAGGACGCCCUCAUGGUCAAGUCAGCAGAGAUCUUCCGAGACCAAGCAAGCUCAUUGCUUGAGAACUACACGCAGGGCUCUGAGCAGGCUGGUGUCCCCCUUCUUGUCAUUCCCGUCCUCGAUCAUUACGAGCAAUUUGCGAACUCGUUGGUUGCCUUGAUGCGCAACAAGGCGGACGUUUCCAUGAUGUGGGGAUUGCUGUUCUUGGUCAUUAAGGUGCUGCCUCCCGAGCAUCUGCAUGUUUCAAACGCUUCCGCUUGGUUGUGCUGCGCCCUGGACUGCAUUAACCGCAUGGUGAAAACCAUUGGCAUCAAACUUGAGUACAUGAACGAGACGAUGCAAAAGCAUGAAGAACAGGAGCAGAAGAAGAACGUCUACAUUGAGGUGUCGAAGGAACUAGUCACUCUCGCUUUUAGAGACAGUGCCCUCGCUGGCUUGAAAGACACAAUUUGGGACGUUAUCACAAGCCAAUUUCGAACAGUCGUCACAACUAGAAGAAGCCGCCGACCGUAUACGCCCGCAUCAUCUCUCUGCCACUCUCGAAGUCUCAUACAGAUGGUUUCCACCGACUUCAAGCCUUCCUACACGAAGAGUCCUUAG